AUGGCCGGAUCUCUAGGUCUUACGCCGGAUUCUUUAAAGGCAUCUGGCCGGAGCUCCGAGAAGCUCAGUCUUCCUACCCUUCAGGGUAAAAUCAAGCGUGACCCACAAGGUUACGAAACUGAGCUCCAACUUAUUUACAAACAGUUCAAAGCAUCCGUCGAUCUCUUUAAGCAACAGGCUGCUCUCAGUUUCUCCUCCGUCGGAGGAAUCGGCUCCGACCCUUCCGUUGCCAAGGAACUCGGUGACCGAGCCAUGUUUCUGGCUCACGUUACUCCGUUUUACCCCAAGCAGCUUAAGGAUUUUCCUACUCAAUUGACUGAUUUACUACGGACCUCGUGUCUUGCAAUGCCUUCUGGGCUUCGUAACCAUGUUGCACAAGCACUGAUUCUUCUCAUGAAUCGAAAGAGUCUUAUCCUCGAAGAUUUGCUGGCUCUGUUUCUGGAUAUUCAGACUUUUGGUGACAGAAACCUGCGAAAUCUUGCUUUCUCUCACGUUGUUCAAACCAUUCGUAAGAUGAGUAUCACUGACAACAGACAUAGAUCACUUCAGAAUAUUGUGAUCUCAAUGUUGGAGCAAGAAGAUGAAACAAAGGCUAAGAGAGCACUUGUUACUCUUUGUGAGCUUCAUAAAAGAAAGGUCUGGCUUGGUGAUAAUAAUGCCAGAGUUGCAAUUGCGAUUUGUGAAGCGUGCUUUCAUACUUCACCUAGGAUCAUGAUUUCUUCCCUUCGGUUUCUGCUUGACUAUGAGAACAUUGACGGUGAUGAUGAUAGUGAUGCUUCAGACAGUGAUGACGAGGAUUCAAAGAAAGUAUCUCAGGUUGCGGUUAACAGAGAGGCUGUUUACAAGGCGAACAACAAAGGUACUUCUUCUAGCAAGAAGAAAAAGCAAGCAAAACUGCAGCGUGCAAUGCGAAGUAUUAAAAGAAAGCAGCGUUCGUCGUCUGAGAACACCAAUUCAACUUAUUCACCUCUUAAUCAUCUAAAUGAUGCGCAGAACUUUGCAGAGAGAUUGUUUUCCCGUCUUCAGACUGGAAAGACCAUUGGCAAAACUGGUGAACGGAUUGAGACCAAGUUGAUGAUGAUAAAAGUUAUUGCACGCACAAUUGGUCUUCACAAGUUGCAAUUAUUAAGUUUCUAUCCUUUCCUUCAAAACUAUGCUAAGCCACAUGAAAAGGACAUUACACAAAUACUUGCAUCAGCAGUUCAGGCUUGCCAUGAUGGGAUUCCUUCUGAUGUCGUGGAGCCACUGUUCAAGCAUAUAGUGAAUCAGUUUGUACAUGACCGUUCACGCCCUGAGGCUAUUGCUGUUGGACUUAAUGUGAUACGAGAAAUGUGCCUGAGGAUUCCCGAGUUGAUGACAGAAGAUUUGCUACAAGAUCUUGCUCUGUAUAAAAAGUCCCAUGAAAAAGCCAUCUCAGCAGCAGCUCGUUCCCUCAUAGCCUUAUUCAGAGAGGUAGCAGAAGCAUUUGACUUGUUGAUCAACCCUUCGCUUCUAGUGAAAAAAGACCGUGGCCGUCCUGGAGGUCCCGUUGCGAAACCUAAACAAUAUGGAGAAGUUAAUGUCUUCAGCGAUGUUCCCAAUGAUAGUGGAAACAAAGAGAAAGUAAAGGGGAAGAAAAGGAAGAUAGUAGAUUUUGAUGCGAAUCUUCUUUCCGCUGAUACAAGCCUACGAGCACUAAAGAGACUUGCAGAAGCAAAGAGCGAACAGCUGCCUGUCAGUGAAAGUGAUGGCAUACUUUCGAAUGAGGACUUCCGAAAAAUCAAAGAACUUCAGGCAAAGAAGGAAACAAAAAUUGCAUUGGCUCAAAAAGGAUUCAAGGUUCCGGAUUCUGAUCAGCUAAGUAAAAAGAGGGUCGAUCCAGCCAAACUUGAAGCUCACAUAAGGCAUAAACUAACAAAAGAGCAAAGACUGGAAUUAGUUAAAGCAGGUAGGGAGGACCGAGGGAAAUACCGAGCCAAGGCUGCUGUCAAGCAGAAGAAGAUAGGAGGAUCGAGCAAUAAGCAGAAGGAGCACAAGAAGAAAAUGCCUCUUGCUGCAAUAAGAUCAAAGGCUGGUAAAUCAAAGCGAAUCAAGAAGAUGAAGAAAAGCAUCAGUGGAAGCCAGUUCAGAGGAAGGAAAGCUUGGAAGUGA